AUGAGGGAAUUCUGGAAGCUGGUCUCGAGAAAUCCUAAUAUGGUGCUCAUUCCACAUCUACUUUCACCCAUCUUCACUUCUGCUUCUUUGCUCUUUGCUCCCUCGUCUCUUGCUACUCUUACUACUCUUGCUACUCUUACUACUCUUACUGCUCUUGCUGCUCUUGCUGCUCUUACUGCUCUUGCUGCUCUUACUGCUCUUGCUGCUCUUACUGCUCUUGCUGCUCUUACUGCUCUUGCUGCUCUUGUUGAUCUUGUUGAUCUUGUUGAUCUUGCUUCCUUGACUCUCCGUUUCUGGUCCCGCGCCUCUCUCUGGUCUCGCCUGCCUCAUCUGUUCGAUCUAUCCCCCUCGAAGUCUUUUUUCCUGGAAUUAAGCAUCAUGGGACCUGUGAUCCCUCCGUCAAUCUAUCCGACGCACUUUCCGCUCCCACCUCCUCCCGAUCUUGAGUGUCCCGCGAACUUGGACAGAAACAACUUCAAAAGGGCGAACAACAUCGUGACCAGUAACCUUGAAGAUUUAGAAACACAAGACGCUCUACCCUACGGACCAGUCCAAUUCUGGACGCUUUUGUACCGAUAUUAUACCAUCGCUAACUCUCGCUUCGAGUCACUAUCCGAAAUUCUCCAAAGACGCAACUACAAGCCAUUCCGCCUCAUCAAUCUAGAUAGAAGCAGCGACAGAGUGCAGAUUGCGGACUUGCUGCACGGGAUUACCCAGCACUUGAGCUCAGUAUCACGGUUGAUUGAGAAAAUCCAAAAUGAAGUACAGCCUAUUGUUGGAGCUCAAGCCCCCGGCACUUACGACCUAUCAUCAUCAGUACCAAACGUAUCUCUCCGAGAGUGCCGCCUCUGGUGCAUGCUAAAUACGAAGGCGUUCCACCAGAAGCUCCAGGAGGCAAAAGGCGACAAGGCGAAACUUGCUCCUAUCAUGGAGGAUGUGGCCGCUAUAAUCUGUGCCCGCGGCGUCAUCAAAGACCACAUACCGGUUGUUAAGCUUAGGAAUUCCGCUAAUAUUGUUACGCCGUACAUGAUUUUCAUAUGUCUCGGGCAGACGGAAAACGGGGACAGAGUGCACGACCUGGUGCACGUUGGCUGCACCAGAGAAUGGAUGACGCAAUGGGAGGACCUUUUUCAACUGCGAGAUCAUGCCCGGAAUAGUCGUCUGGGAGAAGCCACCAUUAAGGCUUGGAGAGACUGGUAUCACCGCCUUGUUGCGCUUGACACCGAGGCUAGCGCCGCUGGAAAGAAUGAUGGUGAACGCCGAACGGCCAUCUCGAAUGUUAGGACAGCUCUCCUAAAGGGAGAUGAGAAUGCACUCCCAGAGUCGGGAAAGAGGCUAUUGGCAGAGCAGCUACGUGCCUGCAAUACGCACCAGGGCCAGGCGUUCAGGCAACUCGAAUGGUUCCAGGUCAAACCUACCCCUUGUUGCUACAUAUGUAAGACUUCGAUGGAUUGGAAGGAGGUUAGCAACCCGACGUUGCUCGUUCAGUGA